CUUUGACUUUAACACUAAGGACUCGGGAUGUUUAGUUUUUUUACUGUGAAUGACUUGAUUUUCUCACCAAGCACAAACAAUUUGGACUUGCUGGUCUCGACCUGGGACUUGUUGGUCUGUACUCUGGACUUGUUGGUCUGUACUCUGGACUUGUUGGUCUGUACUCUGGACUUGUUGGUCUGUACUCUGGACUUGUUGGUCUUGACAUGGGACUUGUUGGUCUGUACUCUGGACUUGUUGGUCUUGACAUGGGACUUGUUGGUCUGUACUCUGGACUUGUUGGUCUGUACUCUGGACUUGUUGGUCUUGACAUGGGACUUGUUGGUCUGUACUCUGGACUUGUUGGUCUUGACAUGGGACUUGUUGAUCUGUACUCUGGACUUGUUGGUCUUGACAUGGGACUUGUUGGUCUUGACAUGGGACUUGUCGGUCUGUACUCGGGACUUGUUGUUCUUGACCUGGGACUUGUCGGUCUUGACCUGGGACUUGCUGGUCUCGACCUGGGACUUGUUGAUCUGUACUCUGGACUUGUUGAUCUGUACUCUGGACUUGUUGGUCUGUACUCUGGACUUGUUGGUCUUGACAUGGGACUUGUUGGUCUUGACAUGGGACUUGUUGAUCUGUACUCUGGACUUGUUGGUCUUGACAUGGGACUUGUUGGUCUUGACAUGGGACUUGUUGGUCUUGACAUGGGACUUGUCGCUCUGGACUCUGGGACUUGUUGUUCUUGACCUGGGACUUGUCGGUCUUGACCUGGGACUUGCUGGUCUCGACCUGGGACUUGUUGAUCUGUACUCUGGACUUGUUGGUCUUGACCUGGGACUUGUUGAUCUGUACUCUGGACUUGUUGGUCUUGACCUGGGACUUGUUGAUCUGUACUCUGGACUUGUUGGUCUGUACUCUGGACUUGUUGGUCUUGACAUGGGACUUGUUGAUCUGUACUCUGGACUUGUUGGUCUUGACAUGGGACUUGUCGGUCUUGACAUGGGACUUGUCGCUCUGGACUCUGGGACUUGUCGCUCUGGACUCUGGGACUUGCUGGUCUCGACCUGGGACUUGCUGGUCUCGACCUGGGACUUGUUGGUCUUGACCUUGCACUUGUUGGUCUUGACCUGGGACUUGUUGAUCUUGACCUGGGACUUGUUGAUCUGUACUCUGGACUUGUUGGUCUUGACCUGGGACUUGUUGAUCUGUACUCUGGACUUGUUGAUCUGUACUCUGGACUUGUUGGUCUCGACCUGGGACUUGUUGAUCUGUACUCUGGACUUGUUGGUCUUGACCUGGGACUUGUUGAUCUGUACUCUGGACUUGUUGGUCUUGACCUGGGACUUGUUGGUCUUGACCUGGGACUUGUUGGUCUGGGCUCUGGACUUGUUGGUCUGGACACUGGGACUUGUUGAUCUGUACUCUGGACUUGUUGGUCUUGACCUGGGACUUGUUUUUCUUGUCCUGGGACUUGUUGCUCUGGGCUCUGGGACUUGUUGCUCUGGGCUCUGGCACUUGUUGGUCUCGACCUGGGAUUGGUCGGUCUCGACCCGGGACUUGUCGGUCUCGACCCGGGACUGGGGACUGUUUGAUGAUUCCUAACCCGAAGCAGGACUGAAUUAUGUCCCUGGCAGCGCUCCGUACAGACACAAAGCUGUGACCUCGUCCCCAUGUCAUCAUGUUCUUCUCUUUCACAAUAAAAGCCAAAAACUGCAGAACAUGUCUCAUGUCUGUCGUCUUCAUUGUCUGAUAAAUCCAGGAUCAGGCCGUUAACGGGAUCUGUUAGGUGAAAUACAGUCCUGGAUUUAUUUGGUCCAUCGCUGUGACUCUGUUGUCCUUCUUAUGAAUGAGAGCACACUGUACUUUAGACCAUGUAAACAGUGUUUGAGUUCAUUUUAGUUUUAGUCUGUGUUUUCGUAGACGGGUUGAAUUUCCUCUUCUUUCCGUUUGAUCAACUAUAACCUGCCAGAUUAGGACUAAAUCACAGGGUUUGCGAUUUUUGUGACCAGUUAGUGGUGGCAAAAGUAUUCAGAUCAAUUACUGGAGAAAAAGUGGUAAUAUAACACUUUAUAAAUACUCACAUACAAGUACAAGUCCCUCUUCAGAGUCCUACUUAAGUAAAGGUACAGUGGUAUUUUCAGCAAAAUCUACUUCAAGUAUCAAAGUGAAAGUACUCAUUAUAUCGAUUAUAAGAUUAUUAUCACUGAAGCAUUAAUGUGUGAGCAGCUUUUCGGUUUUAACUGCUUUAUACAAAACGUAAGUCUUAGAGACGUUUCUUUCUACGGCUGAGUCCUAAAAGCUGAAUUUUUCCGCACGUUGAGAUUUUUGAUAUAAAUAAUAAUAAGUCUCAAGGCAGGUUGUGUAGCUUGAAUUAUUUAAAAGUGGAUUUCAGAAAUUUCUUGAUGAAGCUGAUUUUCAUUGAAUAAACGUUCCUACUGCACCGACA